AUGGCUGAUAAAACUCCAGAAUUUGAUAAGACCGAGACGACGACUUGGGACUCCUCAUGGCUAAGCGAGCAAAGUUCAGAUUUUUUGGGUCUGCAGGAUUACUUUCCUUCUCGUCAGAAGAGAGGACUGAUCAAAAGUUGCACAGGUUAUUAUUAAACCGAGCUUACCGCAUUCACACAGUGCCAUGUACAAAAUAUUGAAUUCCACGUAUAGUUGGCUUGGUUGAAGCUGUCUACAUAAAUUUUGAGGAGUUGAUGACGAUGAUCUGUACACGAACCGAACAGGCAAAUUAUUAAAAUUACGCGUGUAACUCUGAUCGAAUUUCGUUGUGUGCUUUACCUUUGGGUCGCUGGCGCAAGGUUAAUUCUUCUCCAGUGUGUUUUGGCGCCAGAAAUCAUCAGUUUGGAAGGUUCUUUAUGCCAUCUAGUGGCAGAUUAGCCGCCAUAAAGCUGGUUCACCUGUACGGUUACGUGUCCUGUAAUACAAAUGGGGAUGCUAAGCAUUGGUCUUACUGGGGCUGUGGUUAUUCCUACAGUUCGACGAGAGAUAAGGUGAACGUAGUUAUAACAACUUCAUCCAAUCGCAUUAUUCUCCCGCCAAACCAGUUUCUAACUCGAAGUGGCUCUCUUGGAAGUGGAAAAUGGCACGAGAUUCUUGGUUACAAUUUGUGGUCCCCAGAGCUUGUCUUCUCAGUUUUCUCCCAUCCUCUCUGGGUUUCUUCAGGACAACCGUUACGCGUGUGGUACGGCGAAGAUUUGGUAGACUACGCCGAAACCGAUAAUGCAGGAAGAGUGUGCUGUGAUGUUUACGCUCGCUAUGUUUGA